AUAGUGACCUGUUUCAUUUUCGAUCAACAUCGUAGUGCGUUCAAGCAGUGAGCAGCAUUUUACAAGAAGAGCAAUUACUAAGUAGAAGUAUCAUGAAAACCACGCUGAUCUGGGUGCUUUUGGUGGCUGUGAUUUUCUGUGAAGGGAGACGAAGCCUUAAAGAUCGAUUUCGGAGCCGCAUCAGAAGAAGACCGAAGCCCGCCCCAACGACGAAGUUUACCCCUACAAUCAUUCCGACUACACAGGUUAGCCCUUUGAAUACAUAUAAAGUGUAUCUUGCACAUUUAUAACAACUGGAGUUAAGUCAAAAUAGUACUGCGUGAACUGAUGUUUAUCAACCCGGUUUAUAACGAAAUUGGCGAGUUUCAUCUUGCGCUUUCGCGAGUUUAAUUGCGUGUGCAAAGGUGAUGACAGAUUGAGAUGACACUGAUAAGCCUUCGAGCCCAAAGAGUGGACUUUUAUGAAAGAGGGGUUAUCAAAUCUAGGAAUCGGAUGCAUUCACUUUACUCUGUUGUGCCAAGAUUUUGAUAGAGCUUCUUUCAUCACAUUUGACUCUUUCAUUGGAAUGUGUGACGUUUUUGUGGCAUAUUUCAACGGUAAGUCGAUCGAUGACGAAAUGCAAUCUUCGAAAGCGAAACUUGUCAGCCUUCGUCAUUGCCAGCAGGUUAUCUCGGCAAAAAGGAUGUUUUUUCUCAAGUAAACCACCCCAAGAAACGAAUGUACCAUUUUGUGUUUUGCAACAUCAUCUUUUUUCAUGAAAUUCGACCUUGAAGGUCCAAAGGCAGGAGAUUGAAUUAGUCUCCAAAUUAGUUGAGGCUCUUUUUCACAUACAUGCAAUGUGGUCAGUGCAUGUUCCCUUUCCCCUCCCCCCUUCCCCCUGUUGAAGCUUUGAAAAUCAAACAAUGCCUUGAUUUACAAUGAUCUGAUGGGUUGGAAGGCAGGAAAGAAUGGUACAUGAUAUGUGAAAAAAUUCCUUACAAGCAAUUGGUAAGGGGAGAAAAUGAGAAGCUAGCAAGGCAAAAGGGAGAGAAAUAAAGUUUAUGGGGAUUAAAUAUAUUUAAAUAAAUACAUCAGUAUCCAUUUUCUCCAUACUCUUCUCUAUACAUAUCCUUUGGUGUUUAUAAGGAGAAUACAUGUAACAAUCAAAGCUUUUUGGGUUGACAAUCAUUUCCUUUAUUCUCAUGAUAUAAAUGAAAAAUUCAGCAGUGUUAUUGUAAGGAGAAAUCAGAUGUUGGUCACUCUUAGGCGUCAAUGGGAUUCACAAUGAAAACAGUUGGUACUGGAUUUUCUAAGUGAUACACUAUUGAUGUCAAAUUGCUUUUGACAGCAGUUUCCCUUUUUUUUUAGGCUGAAGUCUUACCUGUUGGUAUCAACUCAGUUUAUAACAUUCCAGAAUUGAGAAAAAUCAACUCAACAAAGGCAUUUUAUGAUUAUUUCAAGAAGAUCCCACGCAACGGUAAAUGAAAAUAAUAAAUUAAAAUGCUUGUCAGGGUGUGCAAACAGAGUUUUAGUCAAAGGAAAAUGCAAUUACAGACCAUGUGCCUUUGGUAUACAUGUAGCUGGAGGAUGAGCCAGCUGAUAACUUUGCAGCUGCUAAAUGGAAAUCUGUGACUUGUGUCAAUUAACAUGAAUCAUAAUUUUAACUUCAUUUUUAACCUUGUAAAUUACUUUACCCAGAGGGUAAAAACUUCAGUAAGAAAAAGAGGGACAGGUUUCCUCUCGGAAAGCCCUUAAAUGUGAAAGUGUUUAGAUUUGAAGUGAAUUAGAAACCAAUUUCUGUAGCACUGGCCCCAGUUGUUCGAUGAUCGGAUAAAGCUAUCCUCUGGUUAAAUCUCUAUCCGGUAUAUAACGCUAUACGUUUUGCUAUUACUUAUCCACUGGAUAGCAAUUUAUCUUUUGGAUAGUGUUAUCCACCCUUUACACAACUGGGCCCUGGUUUAUAAUGAUGACAAGAUGCAAAGUCCAGUGACUGUUGGUAGGCUAGCCCUAUAACAUGUGAUAUGGUAUGUGCUGUAGUUUAGAUUGUAAUAAAUGUAAAAUAUAUGUAUGGUGUAUGUUGAAGAAAACUAAUUGAUUUUGAAUUUAUUGAUUCAUAGGAUCCCUUCCUGAUGGUAGACUUCCUGGCAAACAUUCAACUGCAGGUUAGAUUCACCUAUAACUCUUUCAAUUCCAAGUAAAUAACAUUUAACUUCUGUGCAUGACUUCAUGCAUCAUUCAGUAUGGAAUAAGUGGCAAUUGGCAACAGGAUAUUACAUGGUGGCAAAUGGAGACCAAUUUUCUCCUUUAAUGGUGACAAUGACUUUCAUCAAUAAGCAAUCAGACCAAAUAAGUGAAGGAUAAAAUUUAUCAUCAACUUGACAUCAUGAUGACAAAUUUAAUUAGUAUAUACUAAAACAGUGGACGGUGUUGAAGGCAUGCUCUGAUUGGCUACUCAAACUUCAAAUAUCCUAUGAUAUUGACUUCCAAGCAGCUUGGGUGGGAUUUGCUCUCAAAAAUAUUAUAAUCAAAUGAGUUAAAAUCAUCUUUUUUUGCUACAUUAUCUCACUGCAAGUGUAUUAGUAAAUGCCAGUUGAAACAAUUAGUAUAUACAACACAAGUGAAUAGUACUUUUUGCACUGAUUGGCUAGUUUGGAAGUGAAUAGCAAGUAUUAUUCACUUCUGAGCAGCCAAUGAGAUAAAACUGGGCAUCCAGAGUUUAAUUUCCAACCAUUUGUUGGUAUUUGAAAGAAAUAAACUAAUAUUUUUUGUUAUUUGUGCAAUAUGUAUUAAAACAAUUAUUCACCUCCACUGAUUAGGCAUAGAUAUAAAUUUCUUAUAAAAAAAAUGAUAUGGUAGCAAGGGAAAAGGGAUAAAAACGUCAUUUAAUGGGAUUGGAGGUGGCAAUGUGUCAACAGUUUUGUUGCCAAUUAUAGCUGAUUGAAGCUUUUCCCAAACUCUUGAUGGCAUGAUUCCAUUUACCCUUACCCUGAGCUAAAUCCUGGACACCACUGCUAUGUAUCCAAUGCCUUUAUCAAUCCUCUACAUGCUAAUAUCAGUAUUCAUGUUCUUUGUAAUCUUCUCUAUACUUAGCCACCACAAGUGGAUGUAAAAUAUUGUAAAUAUAUUCAGAUAAUGACAGGAUUCUUUUAUAAAAGACAGUUUUAAAACAGUCAUUUCAAGAGCAUUAAUGCAGGAGUGCCUAAUUAUUUCAGCCUCUGACAUUAAGUUAGAGGAAAUUGCCUCAGUUUGGAAAAAUUUCUUAUUCUAUAAAGUGCAGUGUUUUACAAGGAUUUACUGCCCUUAAAAAAGCUGAAACUGCAUAUAUGUAAGAUUAAAAUUAAUUCUAUAAAUUUGUUUGAUAUUGCCAUUUAGCUACCAUGAUGAUUUUGUCAUCUUAGCAAGUGAGGAAAUUGGUGAAACUUUGGGAGAAAAAAAGGGUGGCUCCAUAGGUAUACAGAGAGAGAUACUGGCAAAACAUAAGAUGGACAAACACUUAGAGUUCACAUUCAAGAUUUAAGUGCUCAAAUUCAUUGAUUACUUAUUAAUAUUUAUAUCUUUUCUUUUUGGUAACAGUCAAUACUGAUGGAUCAGUGUGGAAUUGUGAAGUUCGCCCCACCUUAGUCAGCCUUCCUGCACCACAUUUUGGUUUACAAAUAUUUCCUCCUUGUGUAUUGCUAAAUCGUUGUACUGGUUGCUGCUUCGCAAGGAAUCUUUUGACCUGCAAGCCUCUCGAAAAAAAAAUGACACCAGUGCAACAUUUCAAUAUCUUUAUGCCAUCUGGAAAGCCUCAGGGUAUGUAAUUUUGUGUGUCCAAUGUGGUCUGACUCCAUAAAGGAGUUAGGCAACCACAAUUUGUACCAAAAAAUACCUAUGUUGUGUGGCAUGAAUAUUUCACAAUAUUUUGUGGAUUAGUUAUCUUUUUGAUUUUGGCUGGGAAGAUUUUUUUGGUAUCUGAGAUGAUCAAAGUCUUUGCUGGGAACUGAUAGGCAAGGCUCUUUUCUGACUAAGAGAGGAAGCUUUUUGCAGAGUUAUAUGGAUUUGCAGAAUUUUUUCUGCUGGAACUGAUUUUUGGAAUUAUGUGCAAUCUGUCUAAAUUUAAACCCACAAAAUAUUUGGUCUGACCAUUAACUAUGAUACUGUAGAUACUGGAGUGGGCAACCAAUGAGAAUAAAUUGAAAGCUUGGGGUAAAUGCGAUCUGUCAUUUCAUUUUAAAUCAAUGAAUUUUUCCUCUUUACGGUUAGUUUUAGUGGAUAACAUGGUUUGGAACCUUUUUUCAAUAGUUUGCUCACCAUUCUCUGAAUAAAUACCUGAGUAUGCAUUCUUUCUGAAUUUCCUUCCAUGCAGAAACAAAACAAAACUUACAUCUCCAAAAAAGAAACUGCUAAUCAACAUGGCAAUGAGCAUUGCUUUGUCAUUUGCAACCCAUGCAUUGAACCAUUUGCAUUAUUAACCCUUUACACUCUUUUUUAAUUUCUCAUCUAAUAAACUGCAGUUUGUUUUAUAAAUAAUAAUUAUUUUUAAAGAAAUUUUUGUCUCCAGAGAGGAAAUUCAGAAUGUUUUGUUUCAAGUAGUUUGACUAUUAUCAAGUUUCUAUUAAGCAAGCUAUCUUCUCCUUUAGAUAUCACUUACACCCUUGUUACUACAAUGAUGGAAGAGCAUGUUAAAUGUGGCUGUGAGUGUAUCAAGACGGCUGAUUCUUGCGAUAAAAAGAAACAAGUGUGGAAUAGCAACACAUGCAGUUGUGAUUGCAAGCCUGCAUACCAGGAAUCAGAGGUGGAUUGUCAGAAACCCUAUAAGGUAAAGUCAUUGUCAGGGUCACAAAUUUUUGUAUGCUAUCAUUUGUUGAUGGAUAUGUUUAGAUGAGAUUAUUAAACACAAUUUGAAGUCAUGCUUUCUGAGAAAUAAGCUCAUCCUAAUCUUAUGAACACUUGGAGAAGGUUAUGAGAAAGAGUUAUGCAAACCUGAGGAGCAGUUGUGUGUUUACAUAACUGCUAUUUGUUUCUGAUUUCCAGAAAUUGUCUAUAGUUAAUUGUGGUUUAGUUGGUCUGAUGGGCAUAUUUAUUAUAUAAAUAGAACUUUAAGACUAAGAAAAGGCCACCUCUUGAAAAAAAAAUGUUGAAGUCCAAUGAUGUGGGAAUGAAUAAUGAUUGUUUAGAACUUCAGCAUUAAUUACUGCAAUCUUCUAAUGUUUAGUACGUCAAAGAAAAGUGUGGUUGUGUCUGCAACAAGGCUGAGCAGGAGUGUUCUAAUCCUCUUCAUAAAUGGAGCAUUGAAGAGUGCAAAUGUGUAUGCCGUAAUGAACCUAAAUGCAUUGGAAGACAGAGGCUUGAUGAAGCCAACUGUCAAUGUACAUCGCAACUUGGACGUUAAGUAUGGACAUGUCACGUAUCAUUGCUUUGCCUAUUUUGGGUUGCCAUAAAAACACACAAAAUAACCGUCAUACUAGCUUUAGAGGUAAUUAAUACUAGGAUUCAUCCACACCAAGAAGCCUAGGAAAACAUGAGUUAACCUUUGAAACUUUUCUCAAGGAAAAGCAUAGUCACUCAAGAGUUGGCUGCAGGAGAGACCUCCUGCCUUGUUUUAACUUGUCUUAAGAAUUUUUUUCUCUAAACCCACAGUUUCACUAGUGAACAAGUUUUCCCUGGAAAUUGUUAUCAGUUUGAGGAAAACAGCUUUCUUCAAUACAUUUAUUUCAACAAUAACAAAAACUUUGUGGAAAGCUUCAAUGUUAGCAAAAAUCCGAAAGUAAACUUUUAAGAACAUAAUUUCACUUGAACCCUUUACAAGGUUUUUGUGGAGGAGCCUCCAAAAAUGAGCUCAUGACUACUAAGGGAAACUUGAUAGCUAUCCAAAUGAAAACACAAUGCUGUAAUUGAAUUGCUGUUAUUGAAUAUUGUUAUUUCUGAGAGUAUCCAUUGCUAUUUGGCUGACAGUAUCAUCUUAUCCAAGUAUCUAUUCCCUUAGGAAAUUUCAUAUGUACCUUUUGGCUUUUAUGCCAGCCCCUUUCAUUGUCCCCCUGUUGGGUGGGCGUGGAAAUUUUUAUACCGAAAUAUUAUAGAUAAUUUUUGUAAUCACAUACGUUUUUAAUAUAACUGGUUAAAGCUUUCUUUUGUUUUGUUCUUGUUUUGGUUUGAAAACUUUGGAAUCAACAAGAAAUUUGAAGCAUGACAUGGAUUUCAGAAAUAAAAUAAUUAUUAAACAUUUUGAUCAAAUAUUAUUAAUAUUCUUUCAUAAAAAUUAUUUUUUAAGAUUUUGUUGUGGGUUUCACAUAGCCUAUCAUAGUCCUUUUUGUUAACCCUUUACACCCUAACAUCAUUAUCUAUAUUCUCCAAACUCUUCCCUAUGUUUCUUUUGGUUUUGACAAGGAGAAUUCAUUUGACGGUCAAAGCUUUGUAGGUUGGCAAACAUUUCUUUUACUCUCAUGAUCUUAGUGAAUGGUUCAGCAGUGUUAAUGUAAGGAGAAAUGAAAUGCUGGUCACUUGUUUAGGGUUUAAAGGGUUAAAAUCAUGCAUGUCUAGGACAAUUCCCAACAUGUGAAAGCACAAUAAUAUACGCAGAUAUGUUCUUGAUUAUUGUGAACAAUUUAAACUGGAGAAAGUGUAACAGUUUGAAAAAUGUAGCUUUUGUUAGCUAGCCUUUGUACUAAGCACUUGAGAAAAGAAUGGCAAGUGAUAACAACUAACAUGUGCAAGCAAGAAGUUGUGCAUUCAAGAUCCCUUCUGCCCCUUGAUCUGCUCUUUCAUGAGCAAUGCUUGCACAUGCAAUCCUUGUAAAUCUGUAGCCAUGUUAGUUGAACAUUUGGCUGUUUUCUUUGUGGUUUGCCAAGAAAUUGUUACUUCUUCAAAGUUUUAUGCUGUGUAACAGCAAUGUUUUUAUGUAAUAUAAUUAUGUGCUUUAGCAACUUAAACAAGGGUAGAGAAAAAUUGCAAAUAAUUAGAAGUUGUUCUCUUUAAGUGUUAAUCAAAAUGAACAGUGACCAAAUUGUAACAGAAUAUACAAAACUUUUGUAGAGAUGGCCUUGUAAUAAAACUUUUUUUGUUUGACUGACAUCUUAUCCAGAGGAGGUAACAGUAUACUCCAGGUCACUUCAUGCAACCAUCAUGAAAAACCUUACAAGAGGACUGAAUGGCCCACUCAGAUCAACAACUUGUGCAUGGAAAAAGUUUAUUUCUCUGAAUCUGUUCAGACACUUAAUAUUUCAAUCCUGUUAUAACUCUUUAACCAGUGCUAGACCAUGCACAUUUGAUCUUAGGGAACUAGCCAAAAGUGUAGGAACAAUAGUAUUACCUAUUACAGCAAUGGAAUUAAUUUAUUAAUCAAUGUCCUGCCUAGCAGUAUUUUCUAUUUCCUUUUGUGUUUUGCUCCCUUGAGCUCUAUACUUACUCUUGUACCCAGACCUUCCAUGACCAAGCCAUUGUCCUACAUUUCAGUUAUAGUUACAUGGUAGGAUCUGGGUAUAAGAUCACCCCAUGCCUUUCUGCAGCUCCCACUCAGUUCAUGUUUCUCUUGCUUAGCUUAUAAAAGAAACUGAAGAGGCUGCAAUGCAUGUUAGCUCAUUUCUAAAUGGUGUACCACUCCAAUACUGGCACACACAUCUUGGCCAGUUAGUUUAACCUCUUAUUACAGUUAAGUGUAUUGAUUCAUUAUUUAAAUUUUUUUUUCAAAAUUUCCUUUUAAAUUCUCUGUCAUGCUUGGCAUAAAUUAAUCAAAAGUGGUUUGAUCAUUUGUAAUGCUGAGGUUUACUCAUCACCUCCCAAAAAACAUAUGUUAAUAGAGGAGCCAAUCUUUCAUAAAGAUUUUGAAACAACAUUUUUAACCAUUGUCAAAUUACCAAAUGAAUUGAAAGCAUUGGUAUUGCCUGCUAAAAACACCAACUCAAACACAAACUUAUUAGAGUCCCAUGAAAUGUUCUACACCAGUCCUAUGGUUAUUAGCGUAAAACCAUGCAUGACCAUGAACUAAGCACUGUGGAGUAUUUGGAAGGCUGAUGUUUUCAGCAUUACCCCUUCAUCAGACCAAAGGUUUAGUUUUUCUACCAUAACCAGCUUUUAGUUGAUAAUCAACUAUGUGUUACCCCCCAUAUACAGUAUGGCAGCAACUUAAGAGCCCUAACCCUUUACAACCUAUCAUCAGUAUCCAUAUUCUCUGUACUAUUUCUUGAUACGUUUCCUUUGCUACUGAUAAGGAGAAUCACUUAAAAUCAAAGCCUCUUGGGAUGGCAAUCAUUUCCUUUAUUCUUAUGAUCUUAAUGAAAGAUUCAGUUUUACUACUGUGAGAAGAAAUUAGGUGC